AUGCAAAAUUGUCCUCCACCUCCACAAGGCUACGGCCAGUCUCCUCCACAACAACAAUCCCAUGGCCCUUUUUCUGGCUUUAGCGAGAGUUUCAGUCAACUAAAUAUUGGUGAACGUUGGAAUAACUUCCAGUCUCAUCUCCAUCACCAGGACAACCAACCUGGCGAAGUGGUAUGUGGCCCUUUACUACGCUAUAUCAACAUCAACUAUAACACACGUAUCUGGCGUGGUUCGAUCCUGGUCGUCUCAAAUGACCAUCAUCCUCCUCCUAUUGAAAUCCAGCUUACAGAUCCUAUUUCAAACCGUGUUACUGCUACUCAUCAAUUGCAAGCUGAAAAGCUCGACACGUAUCGUCACAAAUAUCAUUUUUGGCGAUAUGAAGUCCGUCUAUUGCUGAUUGACGGUCCUCAAAUUGCUACUUACAAAACUAGCUUGAAUAACUGGGCAGAGCGCUCUUUCCAAAUGCAUUUGCCUUCGUUUUAUGAAUCCAUGCGUUUCAUGUUCUAUAGUUGCAAUGGAUUUUCUGAUAUUCCUCAAGAAGUCAAGGAUAAGUUUGGUGAAAAGACAGCUCCAUUAUGGCAAGAUGUACUGGAUCGUCAUGAAAUCAUGCCUUUCCAUGUCUUGUUGGGCGGUGGCGAUCAAUUGUAUCAAGAUCGUCUUAUUAAAGAAGAGUUCAUGAAGCCUUGGGUGAAUGAAAAGGAUCCUGCUAAGCGCUUGGCCAUGAAGUUGUCUGAUUCAAUGAAAGAUGGGUUUGAAGAUUUUUUUUUCUGGAACUAUUGCAAGAAUUUCGGGUUCAAGGAAAACCCAGUGGUGGCAAAGGCUUUUGCUACAAUUCCUUCUAUGAAUAUGUGGGAUGAUCAUGACAUCAUUGAUGGUUAUGGUUCUUAUCCUGCUGAUAUGCAACGAGCUGAAUGUUUCCAAGUCUUGUUUGCAAAUGCUUCUAGAUUUUAUUACUUGUUCCAGCAUCAUACAACAGUUGAAUUAGCUCCUCAACAUGGUUUAUUUAGAGGUACCCUUGAAACUUGUAAUUCUAUUAUUUCGACUCUUGGACCAGACAUUGGUUUUGUUGCUUUGGAUUGUCGUGGUGAACGUACCAAACACGAUAUUUGUAAAGGAUCUACUUAUGAUAGUCUGUUUGCUCAUUUGCAGACAGAGAUGCCACCUACGAUCAAGCACUUGUUUAUUCUAACAGGUGUCCCAUUGAUCUAUCCUCGUUUGACAUUGUUUGAAAAUUUGAUGGAUGGUGCCGCUGGUUUUAACUUAGCCACCAUUGCAGGCAAGACAGGUGCUCUUGGCGACAUAAUCAGUGGUCAACUCAACGUCUGGAACGGUGAUCCUGAACUGCUGGAUGACAUGAACGACCACUGGACAGCAGGAAACCAUGAAGUAGAGCGCAAGAAUUUUAUUGAGCGUCUGCAGCAAUACGCACGUGAACACUCAGUACGUGUUUCAUUCCUAGGUGGCGAUGUACACUGCUGUGGUGCAGGUAAAAUGUAUUCCAAAGACAUGAAGGAAAAAGAAGAAGGCGAUCCGUUCUUUAUGGUCCAGAUCAUCUCGAGUGCUAUUGUCAAUGUACCUCCUCCUCAAGCGCUCUUGACUGUUCUGAACCAAAAUUCGAGCUAUGUCACCUUCAAUGGCAAUACAGAAGAACGCAUGUACAACUUGUUUAAGAAGUCACCUAACGGAAACAAUCGACAGAACAAAAAGCUGAUGGGUAUGCGAAAUUAUUGUGCUGGUUAUUAUGAUGAACAGACAGGCAAAAUCAAUUUCUGGAUUCAGGCAGAAAAGGAAGUGGGCGUGAAGGGAACUAUGGGUUAUCUAGUGGACGUGCCCAAGUUAUUGUUUGGUCAAGCAGGAUAUCAUUUAUCUCAUCAAAAAAAGCGGCAAAUUCUGAAUGAUUUAUCUCAACAACAACCACAACAACAGCAUUUCUUUGGUAAUAAUGGAAGUCAUGAUCAUUUCCAUUUAGGAAACAAUGAACAUGGAGAUAGUCCAUUCCAUCGAUUGCAUUCUAAAAUAGGUGGUUUCGUUAUGCCCAGAUCAAACGACUAA